CUAUUCUUUGUUGAAUAGGCAGUGAACGAUUGGUACUUGGAGUGUUUGUAGGAGGCCGUAUGUAUUUGUUUGAAUCAAUAUGAUGGAAGUUGAUGAAACAAGUGAGGGGAGCAGCAGCAAUGUCGUUGCUGAACACUAUAAUACAAUGCAGGAUAAAGGGCUGGAUUUUCGAAAUACUAGCAGGAUCUUAUACUUGAGAAAUUUUAAUAAUUGGAUCAAAAGUAUGCUUUUAGGAGAGUGUAUUGAAAGCAUUCAGGAGAACAAGCCACGAGGAAGCAGUAUCAAUGCAAUGGAUCUCUGUUGUGGGAAGGGAGGUGACCUACUGAAAUGGAAGUUGGGUAAUGUUAAUCAUCUGGUAUGUGUGGAUAUAGCAGAGAUCUCUAUAGCCGACUGCAAGAAGCGCUAUAGUCAGAACAGGCAAAGGACUCCUAACAUCUUUAGUGCGGAAUUCUUAGUCGCUGAUGUCACCAAGGAGAGCUUGACUGAAAAAUAUAGAAACCAGCUAUCGGUGCAGUUGGAUGUCGUCAGCUGCCAGUUUGCUUUUCAUUACUGUUUCGAAAGCCUCAAGCAGGCCAAAAUGAUGCUGAAGAACGUAACGGACUGUCUCAAACCAGGUGGUUACUUCAUAGGAACAAUGCCAAAUGCCUUCGAAAUAGUUGCGAGACAGAAGACAGCAAAGAAAGAUAACAUAGGAAAUUCAAUUUUUAACAUAUCAUUUGAUGAAGGGGUCACAAACCACUACCCCAUUUUUGGAGCUAAGUAUAAUUUCCACCUGGAAGGAGUCGUUGACUGUCCUGAAUAUUUAGUUCACUUUCCUACAUUAGAGAAACUCGCCAGCAUGUAUGGAUUAAAGUGUGUUAAAAAAAAGCGUUUUCAGAAUUAUUUUGAGGAAAUGCGUAAAAAAGGUCACUCACUGCUAGGGAGAAUGUCUGCAUUAGAGACCUAUCCACCUUUGGCAAAUGUUAAACUAGUUGGUAGGACUUCAGAAUACCGUCAUGCAAAAGAAUAUAUGAAAGAAUUUUAUGGUAACAAACACAUCGGCACACUAUCUAUGCCAGAAUGGGAAGUGGCAUCUCUAUACAUGGUCUUUGUUUUCCAAAAAGUUGGCAAGUGAUAAAACUUUAUUCAUUGAAUGAGACAAUGGUGUUUCAUCUGGUGAGACCUUGUAUUCCAAAACUUGUGAAGAAGACUGUUGGAUAGUUGUUAAAUGAUUUUAUUUAUCUUAUACAUUUUAAUUUUAAACAUUUUUAAUCAUUACUCAGAGUUAUAUAAGGUACUUGUUUUACUUGUAUAAUAAAAUCUACUUUUUUUUUUUUUUACUUUCGUAAUAAAUAACCUUAUUAGAUAUUUUGUUUUUAUUACUUAUUUUCUUUAAAGCUGUAUAUCAGAGAUAAACUAUCAUAAGUUCAA